GAAGUGGGGCCCGGCAGAGCGCCCAGCCACCCCCUACCGGCUUCCCCACGAGAGGACGCGAGGCCCCCGGCCCAGCCAUGGCCCCCUGGCGCAAAACUGACAAGGAGCGGCACGGCGUGGCCAUAUACAACUUCCAAGGCAGCGGAGCCCCCCAGCUCUCCCUGCAGAUCGGCGACGUGGUGCGAAUACAGGAGACCUGUGAAGACUGGUAUAGGGGAUACCUCUUAAAGCACAAAAUGUUACAGGGCAUUUUUCCUAAAUCCUUUAUCCACAUCAAAGAAGUGACAGUCGAGAAGAGAAGAAAUACCGAGAACAUCAUUCCCGCAGAAAUUCCUCUGGCACAAGAAGUGACGACGACACUUUGGGAGUGGGGGAGCAUCUGGAAACAGCUCUAUGUGGCCAGCAAAAAGGAACGUUUCCUCCAGGUCCAGUCCAUGAUGUACGACCUGAUGGAGUGGAGGUCCCAGCUUCUCUCAGGAACUCUGCCCAAGGAUGAGCUGAAGGAACUGAAGCAGAAAGUCACAUCCAAAAUUGACUAUGGCAACAAAAUCCUUGAGCUCGAUCUGAUUGUCAGAGAUGAAGAUGGAAAUAUCCUGGAUCCUGAUAAUACCAGCGUCAUCAGCUUGUUCCAUGCACACGAGGAAGCAACCGAUAAAAUCACAGAGCGUAUCAAGGAAGAAAUGUCAAAAGACCAGCCAGACUACGGAAUGUAUUCCCGCAUCUCCUCGUCCCCCACCCACAGCCUCUAUGUUUUUGUGAGGAACUUCGUGUGCAGAAUUGGGGAAGAUGCCGAGCUCUUCAUGUCUCUCUAUGACCCCAACAAGCAGAUGGUCAUAAGCGAGAACUACCUGGUGCGAUGGGGCAGCCGGGGCUUCCCGAAGGAGAUCGAGAUGCUCAACAACCUGAAGGUGGUCUUCACGGAUCUUGGAAAUAAAGACCUCAACAGAGAUAAAAUUUACUUGAUUUGUCAAAUAGUCCGAGUUGGGAAGAUGGAUCUUAAGGAUACCAACACAAAGAAGUGCACGCAGGGACUGAGGAGGCCCUUUGGGGUGGCAGUGAUGGAUAUAACAGACAUCAUCAAGGGGAAAGUAGAGAGUGAUGAAGAAAAGCAGCACUUCAUUCCUUUCCACCCGGUCACAGCCGAGAAUGACUUCCUACACAGCCUGCUGGGCAAAGUCAUAGCCUCCAAGGGGGACAGCGGAGGGCAAGGUCUCUGGGUGACCAUGAAGAUGCUCGUGGGUGACAUCAUUCAGAUCCGCAAAGACUAUCCACAUCUGGUGGACAGGACCACCGUGGUGGCCAGGAAGCUGGGCUUCCCAGAGAUCAUCAUGCCAGGGGACGUCAGGAACGACAUCUACAUUACUCUCUUGCAAGGUGACUUUGACAAGUACAACAAGACCACGCAGAGGAACGUGGAAGUGAUCAUGUGUGUGUGCGCGGAGGACGGCAAAGUGCUGCCCAAUGCAAUUUGCGUGGGAGCUGGGGACAAGCCCAUGAAUGAGUAUCAUUCCGUUGUGUACUAUCAAGUCAAACAGCCACGCUGGAUGGAAACAGUGAAGGUGGCGGUGCCUAUCGAAGACAUGCAGAGGAUCCAUCUGCGAUUCAUGUUUCGACACCGGUCAUCUCUGGAAUCUAAAGAUAAAGGAGAAAAGAACUUCGCCAUGUCCUAUGUGAAACUGAUGAAAGAAGAUGGGACUACUCUGCAUGACGGAUGCCAUGACUUGGUUGUCCUCAAGGGGGACAGCAAGAAGAUGGAGGAUGCCAGUGCUUAUCUGACUCUUCCUUCGAAUCGACACCAUGUGGAAAACAAGGGGGCCACCUUGAGCCGAAGUUCCAGCAGCGUUGGGGGGCUCUCCGUCAGCUCCCGGGAUGUGUUCUCCAUUUCCACUCUGGUGUGCUCCACAAAGCUCACCCAGAAUGUGGGCUUGCUGGGUUUGCUGAAGUGGCGUAUGAAGCCUCAACUGCUACAGGAGAAUUUAGAGAAGUUGAAGAUUGUGGAUGGAGAGGAAGUGGUGAAGUUUCUCCAGGACACUCUGGACGCACUCUUCAACAUCAUGAUGGAGCAUUCGCACAGUAAUGAGUAUGACAUCCUCGUCUUCGAUGCUUUGAUCUACAUUAUAGGACUCAUUGCAGACCGGAAAUUUCAGCAUUUCAACACCGUUCUGGAAGCCUACAUCCAACAGCAUUUCAGUGCUACCUUGGCUUACAAGAAGUUGAUGACAGUGCUGAAGACUUACUUGGAUACUUCCAGCAGAGGGGAGCAGUGCGAGCCGAUCCUAAGAACUCUGAAAGCUUUGGAGUACGUGUUCAAGUUCAUUGUGCGGUCGAGGACAUUAUUUUCACAGCUUUACGAGGGCAAAGAACAGAUGGAGUUUGAAGAAUCCAUGAGACGGCUCUUUGAAUCCAUCAACAACCUGAUGAAAAGUCAAUAUAAAACCACCAUCCUUUUGCAGGUGGCGGCUUUGAAAUACAUCCCAUCUGUCCUCCAUGAUGUGGAAACGGUCUUUGAUGCGAAGUUACUCAGCCAACUCCUGUACGAGUUCUACACCUGCAUCCCUCCCGUGAAACUCCAGAAGCAGAAAGUGCAGUCCAUGAAUGAGAUAGUCCAGAGCAACCUCUUCAAAAAGCAAGAGUGCCGGGACAUUCUGCUUCCUGUCAUCACCAAAGAGCUGAAGGAGCUGCUGGAACAGAAGGACGACAUGCAGCACCAGGUCCUGGAGAAGAAGUACUGCGUGGAACUGCUCAACAGCAUCCUGGAGGUCCUCAGCUGUCAGGAUGCGGCCUUCACCUACCACCACAUCCAAGAAAUCAUGGUCCAGCUGCUUCGCACGGUGAAUCGGACAGUCAUCACGAUGGGCCGGGAUCACGCUCUGAUUAGUCACUUUGUGGCAUGUAUGACAGCCAUCCUAAACCAGAUGGGUGACCAGCACUACUCCUUCUAUAUUGAGACCUUCCAGACCAACUCUGAACUUGUGGACUUCUUGAUGGAGACCUUCAUCAUGUUCAAGGACCUCAUUGGCAAGAACGUGUACCCUGUGGACUGGAUGGCCAUGAGCAUGGUUCAGAACAGGGUCUUCCUGAGAGCGAUCAACAAGUUUGCAGAAACCAUGAACCAGAAGUUCCUGGAGCACACGAACUUCGAGUGCCAGCUGUGGAACAACUAUUUUCAUCUGGCGGUGGCUUUUAUCACUCAGGAUUCUCUGCAGCUGGAGCAGUUCUCGCAUGCCAAGUACAACAAAAUCCUGAAUAAGUACGGGGACAUGAGACGGCUCAUUGGCUUCUCCAUCCGCGAUAUGUGGUACAAGCUUGGCCAGAACAAAAUCUGCUUCAUCCCAGGCAUGGUGGGACCUAUAUUAGAGAUGACACUUAUCCCUGAGGCUGAGCUCCGGAAAGCCACCAUACCAAUCUUCUUCGACAUGAUGCUGUGUGAAUAUCAAAGAAGUGGGGAUUUCAAAAAGACCAUCUUGGGCAUCUCUGUUCUCUGCCUAGGACUGGAUGCCCUGUCCCUGGUGACACCACACGACUCCCGUGGUAGGGCUGUGGAAGGGCAGUUUCAGCAAGAGGGCCUUAGCCUGAUGGAGUGUGCUGGGGAGCACCCGACCAUUGCCAAGUCAGUGGAGAACUUCGUGAACCUGGUCAAAGGCCUCCUGGAGAAGCUUCUGGAUUACCGGGGCGUGAUGACCGACGAGAGCAAAGACAACCGCAUGAGCUGCACUGUGAACCUGCUGAAUUUCUACAAAGAUAACAACAGGGAGGAGAUGUACAUAAGAUACCUGUACAAACUCCGUGAUCUGCACCUGGACUGUGACAAUUACACAGAGGCCGCCUACACACUCCUUCUGCACACCUGGCUGCUCAAGUGGUCAGAUGAGCAGUGCGCGUCACAGGUCAUGCAGACAGGCCAGCAGCACCCCCAGACCCACCGGCAGCUGAAGGAGACACUGUAUGAGACCAUCAUAGGCUACUUUGACAAAGGAAAGAUGUGGGAAGAGGCCAUCAGCCUGUGCAAGGAGCUGGCGGAGCAGUACGAGAUGGAGGUCUUUGACUACGAGCUGCUCAGCCAGAACCUGAUCCAACAGGCAAAAUUCUAUGAAAACAUCAUGAAAAUCCUCAGGCCCAAACCAGACUACUUUGCUGUCGGAUACUAUGGCCAGGGAUUCCCCUCCUUUCUGCGGAACAAAGUGUUCAUCUACCGAGGGAAGGAGUAUGAGCGGAGAGAAGAUUUCCAGAUGCAGCUGAUGAGCCAGUUCCCCAAUGCAGAGAAGAUGAACACAACCUCUGCCCCUGGCGAUGCUGUGAAGAAUGCCCCAGGCCAGUACAUCCAGUGUUUCACUGUCCAGCCAGUCUUGGAUGAACACCCCAGGUUGAAGAAUAAGCCGGUGCCUGACCAGAUUAUAAACUUUUACAAAUCCAACCACGUGCAAAGAUUCCACUACUCCCGGCCUGUGCGCAGGGGGACCGUAGACCCCGAGAAUGAGUUUGCUUCGAUGUGGAUUGAGAGAACCUCCUUCAUGACUGCGUACAAGCUUCCGGGGAUCCUGCGCUGGUUCGAGGUGGUGCACAUGUCCCAGACCACAAUCAGUCCUCUGGAGAAUGCCAUCGAAACCAUGUCCACCGCCAACGAGAAGAUCUUGAUGAUGAUCAACCAGUACCAGAGCGACGAGAGCCUCCCCAUCAACCCGCUGUCCAUGCUCCUGAACGGCAUUGUGGACCCUGCCGUCAUGGGAGGCUUUGCCAAGUAUGAGAAGGCCUUCUUCACUGAGGAGUACAUCAGGGACCACCCUGAGGACCAGGACAAGCUGAACCGCCUCAAGGACCUGAUUGCGUGGCAGAUCCCCUUCCUGGGAGCUGGGAUUAAGAUCCAUGAGAAAAGGGUGUCGGAUAACCUGCGUCCGUUCCAUGACCGGAUGGAGGAGUGCUUCAAGAACCUGAAAGUGAAGGUGGAGAAGGAGUACGGUGUCAGGGAGAUGCCCGACUUCGACGACAGGAGGGUGGGCCGCCCCCGGUCCAUGCUGCGCUCCUACAGGCAGAUGUCCAUCAUCUCGCUGGCUUCCAUGAACUCUGACUGCAGCACCCCCAGCAAGACCACCUCCGAGAGCUUCGACCUGGAAUUGGCACCACCCAGGACUGCGAGAGUGGAGCUGGAGGAGCCCAUCUCCCCUGGGAGCACGCUGCCUGAGGUCAAGCUGCGGAGGUCUAAGAAGCGGACGAAGAGGAGCAGCGUGGUGUUCGCUGAUGAGAAGUCAGCAGCCGAGUCGGACCUGAAGCGGCUUUCCAGGAAGCAUGAGUUCAUGAGUGACACCAACCUCUCGGAGCAUGCGGCCAUCCCCCCAAAGGCAUCCAUCCUCUCUCAAAUGAGUUUUGCCAGCCAGUCCAUGCCCACCAUCCCAGCUCUCACGCUCUCGGUGGCCGGCAUGCCUGGGUUGGACGAGGCCAACACAUCCCCCCGCCUCAGCCAGACCUUCUUCCACCUCUCAGACGGCGACAAGAAGACGCUCAAGCGGAAGAAAGUCAAUCAGUUCUUCAAGACGAUGCUGGCCAGCAAGUCGGCCGAAGAAGGCAAGCAGAUCCCGGACUCGCUGUCCACGGACCUGUGAGAUGCUGCUGACCAGGGCAGCGUGGGGGAGCCAGGGAGGGGAGUUUCCAGAAGAGGAGACAUCGAAGCCUCAGGGAGGGGAGGCUGUCCUCAUCAGUCAUCCUCACCUAGGGGAGACAGAGGGACCGAUCGGGUCCCAGAGCUCGAGUGGUGACAAGCCCAGCGUCACCUGGGGAGUGGCCUGGCUGGUGGAUUCUUGGACCGUGAAGGACCGGCCAGAGCACCUUCCCUCAGUCUGCCCUCCCCGGCAGCCCAGGCACGGCUCGUUGCAACCCGGUCUCCUAGGUAUAAGGAGCUGUGCUUUCAUUCCAUUUACUAAGUCCCAGAACUUAACAGAAAAGCCUUUUAAAUAUUCUUUUUUAUUUUAUUUUAGGUUAACAGUUUUGUACUUUGCAUUUUUAAAUACAACCAACCAGUCUCUCUUCUUGCUGUUAAUCUCUGAAGUGUUGCUGUUUCUUACUGACAAUAAAA